GCACCUGCUGCCGGCGGGCGCCGGGCCGCAUGAACAAUAGGCGGCGGUACCGGCCCCGCCGCCCCCCGCCGCGCUCGGCUGCCGCGGGCGCCUCCCCCUAUGGAGCAGCCUCGCCAUGGAGCCCCUCACAGAGCUCAGCCAGGAGGGCGCGGGCGGCGGGGAGCCGCCGGGCGGCGGGCCGCUCUGGACCGCCGUCUUCGAGUACGAGGCUUGCGGCGAGGACGAGCUGAGCCUGCGGCCGGGGGACGUGGUGCAGGUGCUGUCCCGGGACUCGCACGUGUCCGGCGACGAGGGCUGGUGGACGGGCAAGAUCGACCAGCGCGUCGGCAUCUUCCCCAGCAACUACGUGAGCAGCGGUGUGCAGGGGGGCGGCCCGGAGCUGCGGACCCGCUACCCGCCGCCCCCCGCGAUACAACUCCUGGAGAUCGACUUCUCAGAGCUUGUUCUGGAGGAAAUUAUUGGCAUAGGGGGCUUCGGAAAAGUGUACCGAGCUGUGUGGAUAGGAGAUGAGGUUGCUGUCAAGGCAGCUCGCUAUGACCCUGACGAGGACAUCAGCCAGACCAUUGAGAAUGUCCGCCAAGAGGCCAAGCUCUUUGCAAUGUUAAAGCAUCCCAACAUCAUUGCCCUCAGGGGUGUGUGUUUGAAGGAACCUAAUCUUUGCUUGAUCAUGGAGUUUGCCCGUGGAGGAUCACUAAAUAGAGUGUUGUCUGGUAAAAGGAUACCUCCUGACAUACUAGUGAACUGGGCAGUACAAAUUGCGAGGGGAAUGAACUACCUGCACGAGGAAGCAAUUGUUCCUAUAAUUCACCGUGACCUGAAGUCCAGCAACAUACUGAUACUCGAAAAGGUGGAAAAUGGAGAUCUAAGCAACAAGAUAUUGAAGAUCACGGAUUUCGGCUUGGCCAGGGAAUGGCAUAAAACUACCAAAAUGAGCGCAGCUGGGACAUAUGCCUGGAUGGCUCCUGAGGUCAUCCGCUCCUCCAUGUUCUCCAAAGGCAGCGAUGUGUGGAGUUACGGUGUGCUGCUUUGGGAGCUGCUAACAGGAGAAGUACCAUUCCGAGGAAUUGAUGGUCUUGCAGUAGCAUAUGGUGUUGCCAUGAAUAAACUUGCUCUUCCAAUCCCUUCCACCUGUCCAGAGCCUUUUGCCAGACUCAUGGAAGAUUGUUGGAAUCCUGAUCCACACUCACGACCUUCAUUUGCCAGUAUCCUAGACCAUCUCACUGCCAUAGAAGAGUCUGGUUUCUUUGAAAUGCCCAAAGAUUCCUUCCACUCCCUGCAGGAAGACUGGAAACAAGAGAUCCAAGAGAUGUUUGAUCAGCUCAGAGCCAAAGAAAAGGAGCUGCGCACAUGGGAAGAAGAGCUGACUCGUGCUGCUGUUGAACAGAAGAACCAUGAGGAGUUGCUACGAAGGCGGGAGCAGGAACUGGCUGAACGUGAGAUUGACAUCCUGGAAAGGGAGCUCAACAUCAUCAUCCACCAGCUGUGUCAGGAGAAGCCUCGGGUGAAGAAACGCAUGGGGAAGUUCAAGAGAAACCGGCUCAAGUUAAAAGAUGGCAACCAUAUCAGCCUGCCUUCAGAUUUCCAGCAUAAAUUCACUGUGCAGGCUUCUCCAACGAUGGAUAAAAGGAAAAGCUUGAUCAGUAGCUGCUCCAGCCCUCCUGCAAGUCCUACCAUUAUUCCCAGACUCAGGGCCAUACAGUUAACUCCUGCUGAAAGCAGUAAAACGUGGGGACGAAGCUCAGUCCUUCCAAAGGAGGAAGGAGAUGAAGAAGAGAAGAGAGGCCAGAAGAAAAAAGGACGGACUUGGGGACCGAGCUCACUUUGUCACAAGGAGUUAGGUGCAGGAGAAGAUGGUCUGAAAGCUCUGGUAGAAGGAUACAAACAAUGGUCAUCCAGUGCACCAAACCUUGGGAAGAUCCAGAGAACUGCACCGGCUUUUCCAGGAUUCACCAGCUUAGCAGAGAUGGAUGAUGAAGACAGUGAAUGUCUUAAUGGAGAGGGAAAAGUGCACCCUUCACCUGGGCACAAUCAGUCAUACCUCUGCAUCCCAUUUCAGAAGAAUGAAGACUGGGAUGGCCCUUCUAGUGAUGCUAAUGAGGAGGCCACCCCUGUGAACUCUGCUACUAGUACCCCACAGCUGACACCCACCAACAGCCUCAAACGUAGCAGCUCCCACCACAAGCGGUGCGAGGUUGCAUUGCUUGGCUGUGGAGCUGUGCUGGCUGCUGCAGGCCUGGGUUUUGAUCUGUUAGAAGCAGGAAAGUGUCAGCUGCUAAUUGAGGAGGAGCCAGAGGCACCCAAGGAAGAGAAGAAGAAGCGUGACAGUAUUUUCCAGCGAGCAGGACGCCCACGCAGGAGCACUAGUCCACCCUCCCGAAAGAUCUUCAAGAAAGAGGAUCCCAUGUUGUUGCUAGGCGAGCCAUCCACAUCCCUCACCCUUCUUUCCCUGUCUUCCAUUUCCGAAUGUAAUUCCACCCGGUCCCUGCUGCGCUCAGACAGUGAUGAGAUUGUGGUGUAUGAAAUGCCUGUCAGCCCAGUGACAGUAAAGGCUCCCUUGCCAGCCAUUACCAACCCACUAGUCAAUGUCCAGAUUGAGAGGUUCAAACAAGACCCCAACCAGUCCCUGACUCCCACGCAUGUGACGGUCUCUUCUCACACCCAGCAAAGUGGGCACAGGCGCACACCUUCUGAUGGGGCCAUCAAAGGGAGUGGACUAGUUGUCAAUGGGUGCCCAACCAGUGGAUGCCCUUCCAGUAGCUGUUUAACUGGAGCACUAGGAGCAGGUGUACUAAAAACACCUAGUCCAAGUAGAGAUCCCAGUGAGGUCCCUCGCCUGCCAGACCCCAACCUUGUUUAUCCUCCAACCCCAAGACGAUGGAAUGCUCAGCAGGACCCCACACUGGAAAGACCCAAGACAUUGGAGUUCCUGCCACGGCCACGUCCUGCAGCCAGUCGGCAGCGACUUGAUCCCUGGUGGUUUGUGUCACCCAGCAAUGCCAAGGGUGAAUCUUCUGCAAACAGUUCAAGUACUGAUACUCCAAGCAAUCUGGACUCUUGUUUUGCUAGUAGCAGCAGCACUGUAGAAGAGAGACCUGGACUGCCUGCACUGCUUCCUUUCCAGGAAUGGGAGUAUUUGCGUUCCUCUUCAUAGCAUGCUGUUGUCUUAAGAAUUUAUGGACAAUACUGCAUAGAGAUGUUACUUCGAUUUGUCAGGAAACUGGAUGCCUCUCAUUCUGUUGAAGGUGAGGAAGUAAUGGUCAAGUAAAGAAAAAGAUCUUUGCCAUUUGGAGUAUUCUGUUAAAUUAAAAAUGAAAGGAAACCUCCCAUCUUGAGACACCUUUCUAUUUUGAGCUUAACUUUCAUUUGAAACUUAAUUCAUCUCUGUAGGAUGAAUAUGAGAGCUGGAGUUCCAUAAGAUGUAUGGUACAAAACCUGAUACUGUAUCCCAAAUUCAGUGAUUGCUUGGUACUUUGUAGUAAUUUUAAGCUAAUAAUAUUGGGUUUGUUUCUUUUGAGAUUUUUGAAUUUUCUUCUUGGAAAAAGUGCUUAUUGCUUUCUAACAUUUUCCAUGCAUUUUUUAAAAUAUUCUCAAGAACACCAACCCUGUGGCAAAUAAGGAGGCUUAUAUCUUACAUGGUGAUACAGGUCCUCCUUUUGGCUUCACUUUUUUCAAUAUGAAACAAGAAUGCCUAUAUUUGGAAAUUAAGAUUUCUGAUCCUUAUCCUGUUGCUGCAGAACAGUUUCUUAGCUUAAUUAUUUACAACUCACUUAAGGCUAUAAUUUAGGUAAAAAUGGACAUUAAGAGUGAGUGAGAAGAGAGGCACGUGUUAGAACGUAUUUUUCAGCAAGCAAUAAAUACAGCAUAUAUGUGCAAAGAGAACCAAAACAUACUCAUGCUGUCACAGAGGAUAACUUUCAGACUUAAUAAACCUUCAGUUGAUCAUGCAGUUAAGAUACCUUUAGUAAAGAAUUCCUUUGUGUGUUUUUGUUUAAAGUUUCCUGUUGUAAGUUUAGAAUACAGUGGUUUGCACAGCCAGUUGCAUUGUAUCUAGCUGGACAGAAAGGAUCUUCAAUCAAAUUUUUAUCUUUUUUGUUUUGAUUUUCAAUCCAGUUUGUGAUUUAGGUUUUCCUUAUUUUGUGGUUCACAAGAGAGUCUUAAGAAGAACUUCCAUUUAUUGUUUUCUCAGCCCUGCUUUCCCAGUAUUGCAAGGCAGUAUGGAAAUGCAUUUAUGGCUUAUUCUGCUGCUCCCUCUAUUGAAUGCUCUAGUAGUAAGUCACAUGCUGCAGUUAAAAUGUGCAUUUGCUUUUGGUUCUUUUCUCAUGCUCAGCUUUUUAAAGUAGUUUUGCCAUUGGUCCACGAUGAAUACAGCUUCUGAAAUGGCCUACAUCAGCUUUAUUUUUGUAUGUUAAAAAAAGUCACUCCCAGACUAAGAGGUCUGUGUGCUUGAUUAAAAUGCAGUUUCUCAUUGAUGCCUGGGUGGUGGGUCUGAUACAGCUACCAGAAUUAUUAUUGCUCCUCUCUGACAAGGAUAUUUUUUUUUUGGGGGGGGGGGCAACUGGUGGGUCUUCAGCAUUUAUUUCAUCAGUGUUUGUAUACAAGAAAAACAUUUCAUCUCCUUCUGUACAUGAGAGAAAAAAACUUUUGUCUUUGAUUCUAAAUAACCAGAAACAUAAUUUUUGUUCUGAGAAUGGCUUCUUGGACUGUUUGAAUUUUGGGGUUUUUUUGUUUGAUUUUUUUACGCAUGUGAAAUACUUAGGGGUAUGUGUUAGGUGCAUCCUGUAUUCCUAGGUGCCUUCUAUAUCACAUGCCUCCUUGCUAGGGCCUGAGUUUGUUUUUUGGAGGGAACUCCUGGUUGUAGCUUUCAGUACUGUAGUGUACUUACUUCAUCACACAUCAAGCCAAAUACCAGCACAGUAAACACUUCAUGCCCUUCCAUUUAUUGAUGUGCGUACAACCCUGCAGAAAAAAGUGCUAUCGCUGGCUCUCCUUAUCUCUUGAUUACCAUUCUGCCUCUAUCCCAACUUUAUCAGUUAUUAAUGCUUGUUACCAUAGUAUUUGGAGACCAAAGACAGAAAACAAACAUGUUUUAGGUGUGCUUUGACCUAAAAUGUUUCCAAGCUAGAAGCAUAAGGCUCAACUGGGAGAAGUGAAAGAGGAGGUUGGCAGGAAAUAGUGAAUAAAAGACCAAAAUCAUCCUUCUUAAUGUAGUAAGCAGUCAAAGGACAGGGACACCAGCUGCUUGAUAAUCUAUUGGCAUCAUAGGUAAAUGGGGUCCUAAAGAAGAAUGAGGAAUGUGUAGUUACCUAAGUUCUGGUUGGUUUGAUUUAUUUUACUCUGAGCUACCUCAUUUAUAGAAAUGGAGUGGGAAGAAAGCACAGGUUUUGGCUCUAGGUAGGCACUUGAGGCUGGACUGGUGAAAGGACAGAGGCAAACACUUGUAUUUGGCUCUUUGACGUGCAAAUUCCUGAUGGAAAAAUAAAACCAGCAAUUCAGUUUUAUAAAUUAAGAUUAUACUUGCCUUUACUACGUAAGUCUCCAAAAUAAAGAAUAAAUGACAAAGCAGGGCAUUUUUCUUGGUGGUUUCUGACUUGUGGACAAGCUGAUUGUCCACAGACUGAAAAGUAGUGAUUUCAUACAGGUCACUACUGCUGUGAAGGUCUGAUUUUUGAAAACAGAUUUUUAAAAAAUAAUUUUGUGUGCUCUUAAAGUGGACCUACACACAAUCCUGAUUGUUUCCCUGUCUUUGCAGUACUGUUUUCCUAACUUAAGGGAUCCUAAUGCAGUCCUUAUUGUAUCUGAAUGCUAAUAAUGUGCAGACAGCCCAAUACAGCUAAUAUUAAGAAAACAUGACAUUUUUAAAUGUGUAGUGGAUAAGCUCAGCUUGAAAUGGGCUACUCUUAGGCCUGUAGCUGAUGGGUCAGAUGGAUGCAGAGUUAGCAAGCAAAAAGGGGCUUAGAACUAAUCUGCAGGAGGAAUGCCAAAGUUUUAAUUGCUUAAAAUAAAUUAUUCAAAAAAUAAUCAUGGAGGAGAGGGGAAGGGCUCUUCAUUAUUCAGAAAUACUAUUAUAGGAUCUUGUCCAUAUUCAAAUUUUAGCUUCCAGGGUAGCCAGUGAGAACCUACAUUUUGUUCAGAGGUUGUUGGCUGAAACCCCAACAUAAGAAUAAUGCGUUUUAUAUAUGCUAUUUAAGAGUGAUUGCCACUGUCUCCUGCUUUACCUUGAUUGUUCCAGCUUAGUAUUUUCUCAAGAACAGAUUGUUCUAGCCUUGUCCUGAUGCCAUUGUCUCUCGCUGUCUUAGCAGCAGAGGUUAUAAUGGAACAGGAAGACAUGCUGGUGUUUUCCCAAGCUUCACUGAUAGGAAUGCAGUUAACAGCAGAUUUCAGUGUAUAAAUGAUCAAAUUCUGUGGGAACCCUUGUACUUGGUUUCUCCUCACUGAGUUUCAGAGCAAACCUGACCACUGAGCUUCUUGAGUUUUAACUACACCUGGAGGGGGAACUGAGCCUCUUCCUUGGGUUUUUCUGGAAUUUGUGAAUAUGGCCACUUCUCAAAUGUUUUCUCCCAGGCCGUCUGUGUCAUGAAAUGAGUUGUCACCCUCAACUGAUUGCCCAGAUAUUCAUAGUAGGCUUGUUUUUCUGUCUUGCAUUCUUCAGUGAGUAGCUUUUAAUGCCAACAGGGUUAUCAUUUGUAUCUGAAUAUGGCCUCUAUACCUCUGACCUGACUUUUCACACUGCAUCUCAAGCAGAUGUUACUGCAUCAGUUCUGCCAUUGCUCUGUUUUCAAGGUUAUGUGACAACCAUAACAUGCGAAAUCCUAGACUAUAAAGAACAAAGCCACAGGAAGGAAAAAAACAAACCAAACAGAAAACCCACAACAGCAACGGCGGGGGGGUGCAUGGGGACAGGAAAAAAAGAAAGCCUACCAGUGUUUGCCAGUGCAAUGGUUGAGUUUGGCCAGUGGUCUUUGCAGAAAGUAAUAUCCAUUUUUGUGCAACAUAGGUCUCUUUGGAGGAUGACUAAAUUCUAAUUGGAGAAUACCCUUAGAUCCACCAAAAGUCAGUAGGCACCAUUGCCCUUCAUUGCCCUUAGAAUAAGAAAUCACAUAAAGCUAAGAACAUUUAGUAGUACAAGUUCAUAUUUAGGGUAAUAAACUUUCAAGUUAAAAGGGAUGAGACUUCAGUCCAAGAAAGCUCUUCAUUACAUACUUAAGCAUUACUAAAGUCAGUGGAAUGUAUCUCUGGGUCAAAAUGCACAAGACCUCAAUUCAACAAACUGUUUUAAUCUAAAUUGCAGGGUUGUCCAUGAUUAAUUAAUUUUGAUUCUUGGAGGAAAGAGUCAUUUUACGUGAGGGAAGAGUUUGUUCACAAGCCUCUAGGUAAAUCCUGGUUUGAUUGCUGACUCUUGUGGCCUUUCCAUGACUGCACAUGCCAUGCCUGUUUGACUGCUGAUUCUUACCAUAAACAGGGUGAGCUUUGAGAAUGUUUAUUGACAGAGGAGGAAAGCGCAAUGACUUCUGCAUUAGCAGAUUGCUAGCUUUAGAGGGGCAGUAAGUGGUGUGGGGCGGUAUCUGUCAGUUUAACCUGAGGCCUUUUGUCAGGUGGUUUUUUCCUCAUUUCAAAAACGCAGCCCUCCACACAGGUGGACAAACCUGGCGAGUUCAGCAGUGAUCAACAUCCAUCACUGUUACUAGAGUUCUUGUUUGUCAGCUGUUGGCAGAGCACUUCAUGCUGGUUUAUAUGAAUUCUUUGUCAUAAAUUCAGAACAAGCUGGAAAUAUCUGAGAUCUUUUGCCUGACUGAAGUUGAGAGGCUUAUAUGGAGUGGGCAGGGCAACAGUGGUGGAAAAAUCAGGGAAAAUACCUGUGCUUUUAACAAUGUCUCUUCUGUGGCUUUGAAAGUCCAAGAAUUUCUCAGCCAGAGAAUGUAUUUCCUCCCUCUUUUUAUAAGCUACUUCUUUCUUUUGCCUUAUUAAUUGCGGAUCUGCUACUGCUUCUAUUUAAAGCCAGAUGCAAAAAUCAGUGACCUGACUUUCCUAGGUACAGUCUUGCAAAUCUGAAGAACCAGGUGAGUAGAUUACUCUAGUGUAAGAUCAAUGCCCCCAUGUCUGUUCUUUUAAGAUAUGGGAUAGUUCCUGCUUGUGUUGAAAUCACUGUGUGGAGGGUGUUGAUUACUUUGUAAGGAACUCCAAACUCUGCAGAACUGGGAUUCAUCUUACAACUUAGGCAUUUCAGUCUGUUUUUGGAGACCUCUGUGUGUCGUCUAGUCAAGGUGUUCAAAAGUCUGUUGCUAUGGAAGAAGCACCCGAAGGUGUGUAGUGCCCGAAGAACCUGCAAUGAAGCAGUUACAUUAGCAAAUGGCAAUGUACCCCAGAGUUACGUAAAAUGACAGAGGCCACCAAGUUUUUCUUGUUUGUGUGAUGAAAUGUUGUCAAAUUAAGUGGUUUGUUGGAGCCUUCCUUUAACUUCUGUACCAGCAGUAAGCUUAGAGGAAAAGAAGAUUGCAUUAUUUUUUAAAGCUUUAUUUGUGACCUGGACUUGUUGCCUCUGACCCUCUUGGGCUUAAAUAGUUAAAUUAUAUUAAUGUCCAGUUUGUUUCACUGUAGGUAACACAUCAACUGAAUACUCUUGUGCAUAAUCUACUGUAUCUUUCCUCUGUUCUGUGUCAAUGUAUUAUGUGUAUUUGGAUUACAGUUCUUUUUUGUAUUAAAUUAUUUUAUGUUAUAGAACAAUAUUUAAGCAAAGCAAAGAGCUAAUGAAAGUUGUUGGCGUUUGGGGAUUUGUUUUCUCUUUGCUCUUUUUUUGGAUGUACUGUAAAUUGUAAACCAAGGAUGCCAAGCAGGCUUGGUUCAAUGGCUAAAAUUAUUGUAUUACAGUGUAAUGCUGAUCUAGGCCUUGUCUCAACACUAGAGCACACAGACUUGAAUAAAACUGUUAUAAAAGUGA